ACAGAAGUUGGAGGAAAGGGGAUUUUUUCAAACCGUUAUGGCAGUUAAUUAUUUACUCAACUUCAUAUCUGUUUGAUCUGAUGAUCGGCCGUACUUUCAAUCAGCGUGAUAAAUAUGUGAAACGCCAACGCGGAAGUAAAUGUAUUUAAGAUAUUUAAGUGUUCUUUUUAUCACUUUUUUAGAUACUUAAUGACAUAUUUCACUUAAUCGGAAAUUGUAAGUACAGAAUAAUAUUUGUUAACUAUGGCAAAAAUAGAGGAAACUGUGACAGAAGAUAAAUCUUCAUCGCUUACAGUCGAAAUUAUUGGCAUUUUGUCUGAACCUCUGAAUUUAGUUCUUCUAUCUAUCUGUCUGUUUCUUUUGUAUUUAAUUUUUAAAAAACAAGAAAAAGUGCAAGUCACACCGCCUACUCCUCAGUUGCCUGCUAUGAAGCGAAGAGAUAUGACUUACACAGAAUUAAAGAAAUAUGAUGGUACCGGAGAAGACGGACGAGUAUGCGUUGCAGUAAAUGGCAAAGUUUUUGAUGUUACGAAAGGAAAAAGAUUUUAUGGACCAGGAGGACCUUAUGCUUCCUUUGCUGGUCGAGAUGCCACUCGCUGCUUAGCGAUGUUUUCUGUAGAAGUUACAAGUGAUGAUUAUGACGAUCUUUCGGACUUGAAUUCAAUGCAAAUGGAUAGUGUCCGAGAAUGGGAGAUACAAUUCCAAGAAAAGUAUCAUUACGUUGGCCGUCUCUUGAAACCAGGGGAGGACCCCACAGAUUAUUCAGAUGAAGAGGAUACUAGCCAAGACCAAAGUUCUACUGGCACACAGUCAAAUAAUAUGUCUUCCAAAAAAGAGGAAUAACUUUUUACAUAAAAAAAAACUGAAUAGUCAUAACCUUGCUCUUCAAGUUUCCUCAAAUACCAAGAUUAUUGGGUAUGUUAGGGCAGGGGUUAGCAGCUAUGUGAGCCAUGUGCUAUUUUUUGUUGUGAAUUUCAUGUAAAUUUGUGUUUUUUAUACUAUAAAUUUUGCUUUUUCUUUUUAUAUGAAUUGUUUAAUUAUCAUGCAUGUAAAAUAUAAUUUUUGUAAAAAAAUCAUUUCGGGUAUGUUGAGAUGCAUCUUUCCUACAUAGUAACCUACGAAUGUAAAAAGAAAUUAUAUCCAUAAAAAGUGACUUAUUUUUGAUUUUAGAAAGAAACUUUUAGAUUUAUAAUAAAUUAAAUAUGCAUUCCC